AGUCUCAAAUCAGACAGAGGAUAAUAUUGGGGUUUGCAUCUUUGGAAACUCCUGUUCCUAAAUCUGAUUGUGAAAUCAUCGAUCAAAACGUUAGGCUGGUGAAUUGUCUGAUAGCAGAUCACAUGAAACACCAUGGGUAUGAUUAUUCUUUGAGUGUUUUUCUCCCAGAAAUCGGGCUCACAAGUCAUGAGUUCGAAGAACACAUUAAAAACCUCCCAUUCUCAAAAUGCAGUAUAAGCAGAAGUCUCUGGAAAAAGAUAGCGUCAUAUCACCAGGACACAUGCUCCUUCCUAGUCUCGAUUCUGAAAGCUGAAGCAGAUAUCUCAGAUGUCUUGAAAGAACAGAAGUCGGUUCAAACAUGUGAUUUAGAUGUAUGCGAAUUAGAUCAGAGGCUUAAAGAUAUUGAUAAGGAAUAUGAAGCUGUUAAAUCAGCAGAUAUUUUACACUUAAAGCAGACAUUUGAAGACAGACUGGAAUAUUACAAACGUGAAGUUGGCGAACAGUAUCAGGUGAAAUUAACACAACAGAUGACUGAAUUCCGUCAAAAUGAAUUGAACACCAUCAAAUUAGAAAUGGAAGAUAGAUUUCAAGAACGUGUAAAGGAACAUGUGAUGCGUUUAGAAAAAGAGUUUGAAAUUCGUCUGCAAUCUUUGAAUGACCAAGAAGAACUACUAAAAGAGAAGUAUAACCUAUCACAACAGCGAGAAGAACGUGAAGCAUUUGUUAAACGUCAAGCUUUACAAGCAGAAUUAGACACAAUACAAUUGAUGAAAACGCAGUUAGACCAAGAGAAAUUACAAAUUGAAAGAGAGAAAAAACAAAUGCUUAAAGAUCAUGAGAAACGCGAAACAGAAAUUAAAAAGCAUGAAAAUCUUUUAGAAAUCAGAGAAAAAACAUUGGAAGGUGAAAUUCAAGAACAUGUAGACAGAAUUCGUAUGGAGGAUGAAAUUAAACUAUUAAAACAACGUAAAGAAAUAGAAAUUCAAUCACUUCAACUAUCAGAAAAUCAGAAAAUGCUCGAAGAAAAAAUGAAAACAUUUGAACAGCUUAAACAAGAUUUGAUAAAACAACAAAACAAAUUCACAGAAAUGGAAAUUAAUGACUACGAUACUAUUAAAACACAGAAUGAAGUAUACAAAAAUGAAAUCACCAAUUUACAAAAACAGCUAAAAAAUGCCGUAGUUGAAUUGGAAGAACAAAAACAAAUUACAGCAUCAGCAACCACAGAAUUAGGCGUACUAAGCGUUGUCAAACAAGAAAUUGAAAGAUUGAUGAAUACUUUAAACAAUGAUCGUGUAACAUUUAUUCAAGAGAAAAUCAAUUUACAAAAGAAGCUAAGCGAACAACAAAAUGAAAUACAUAGACUAAUGGAACGUCUCGCACUGCAGGAUGGUGGAAAUAUUUAUCUUGGACAGUAUUGUUCUAGUCGUUGUACUGGAACCUGUGUUACUAAUCAUCCGCGUACACCUCAUCAAAAUGUAACCAAAACUCACCAGCUAACCGAAGCUGAACGUCGAUCAAUUUAUGAAGAAUGCAAUCUCUCAAUUUCAAGUGAUAUGAGUGGUGAAAGCUGUAUGGGUGUAAAAAAAGUUCAGAAAACAAGUGAUGCUGCUCCGUUGUCUAAUCCUCAAUUUGACCAGUGGUCACAACGUCUUGAAUUAUCUCGUCGACGUAUGGCUCAAUUGCAGAUGGUCAGUGAGCAGUUUGAUUCAAUUUACGAAGAAUGGAAAUCAGUUGAUUUAAAAGAGUUUUUAUCCAAGCUUAACACUGACUUGCCAAACUUUUUAACUACAGGCAAAUCAGAUGGACUAACCAACCUGAACGAGUUAAUCAAAAGUGAUCAGUUUAUCACUUUUGAAAAUAAUACACAGGCAGAUCAGAUUAUGCAUCAACAAACAGUUCAUCAAGAAUCAGAGAGAGAUAGGAAUUUGGAUAAGGAACACAUUGGUUCACAUAGUGAAAUUAAUCCAGAAUCAAGGUAUAUAUAUUAUUUCAUACUCACUUUACUGAACACUUCACUAUUACAGAAGACUGAAUUUUUUUCUAAAAAUUCAUAA